UUUUAAAUAAAGUUGUUGUAUUAAUAUGGAGAGGAGAAGGAAAUCAGAUGGCAGCUCACCUAAGCAAAGCUUAGUACAGAAGGACAAGUACAGACUCUGCUGUAAGAGCAAAAAGAACAUUAUCAAGAUUCAGGGAGAGCCUCAGGCUGAUACCAAGAAGUGCAUGAGUUACCUUAAGAUGUGAACUUUCUGCUCAACCGUGCAUCUGAGAAGGAUCGACCCUCAGAACCCAGAGAAGGUGCUUACUAAGUCAUGAUUUGCUAAGAAAGAAAUUGAGUAUAAGCAACAUGUAGAUCUAGAUAUCAACCCAGUGGAGUAUUAUAAGAUCAUGCUUAAAGAUGAGAAGCUUAAGCCCCAGAUGAGGAUCUUCAACCCAAAUGUGAUGUUUGAUAACCUUCCUGACGUUUAUUGAUACUAUUUUUAUGACUGCAAGUCGGUCAUACAACAAAGAAUGCAGACGUUACAUCUGGCUAUGAAUUACUAUACACAGUGCUAUACCAAGAUGUGAAUGAUGGAUACCAGGGAGAUAGAGCUCCGGUACCCAAGGAUCUGCCAUUUUGUGAGGGCAAAGUCUGAUAUUGCACAUAUCUUAGUCCCAGCAUGACUCCUCUUGGCAUCAAAGUUUGAUGAAAUUGAUUACAAUCUUCCAUCGUUCAACUAUCUUAGAAGCUCGCAGAAGCUCAGUCAAUUCUGGGUGGGAUUCCAAUGGGCGGAUUAUGUUGAAUUCGAGAGAACCGUUAUAGAUCUUCUCAACUGGAAUUGAGAUCAGAUGACUCCCUAUCAUUUCUUACAAACAUUGAUCAGCCAAGGAAUUUUGCUAAGCCAUGAGAGAGUCAGAAAGGAAAACAGUCCACAGAGUCCAAUGUCCAAGCUAACGUGUAAUGGAUCUUUAACCAUAAGGCAUCCUUACGGUGGAAGAAGCAAAAGUGUCCGCAGAACGCCUGCUAAUCAAUCUUUCGCAACAGUUAGUAACGAAAUAUCAUUAAAUAAAAUUAAAUCAGGAGAAAAGGAAGAAAUUAGCAGUUCUCAGAAAGAAGAAACUAUCGCUGUUGACAUUGAAACAUGAAAGAUGGUCAGAGAAACAGCUGAGUAUUACUGUCAAAUGACCACAUUGAUCCCAGAGAUGCAGAAAUAUGAUGCUUCUUUAGUAGCAAUUUGAUGCGUCUUAGCUGCAAGGAAAGCCUGAAGGAUCGAACCAUUGUUUAGUAAAGAAAUAGAGAACCUGUUCAGAUUCUCUGAAUAUUCUGCUACUUUAACUACAGAUUCUAAGAUUCUACAGGAUUGACUAAACCUUCUCUUGCUAAACCAAACAUCCUUAAAUAUUUGAGGGGAGAUACUAACAGAGAGCAUCCUUGGUAAAAUCCCUUCAGGUAGCCAAGAUACUACACCUCAGAAGCAAGGCACUCAUUGGGCUAGUACUGAAAAAGAUGUCGUGAUUCCUCUGAAUAAUUCGGAGAUAUUCACACCUAAUAAGAUUGCUGCUAUUGAAGGGCGAAAGCCAGUCAAGAUUGAGUUAGAGGCUCAACAAAUCAUUCUGGAUGCACCUUGCUCUGACUUGUCCAUACAAGACCAAAGCUACAAUCUUGAGCAAUUUAAAGAACCAGCAAGCUAUGACGACAUCUUUGCUAUAGACGAAAGAAAAUCUGAAAUGCGACUAGACAUUGCUGAAGACCCCAAUCAAACCCAAGAGAAGAGGAAAACUAGAAGAAAUCAUUUGAACAACAUUGAUGAGAUGAUGGAGAGAAUAGAUCAUCUCAGGGUACAGAAAGACCAAAGCAACUUACGCUUGAAAAGGGCAGCAUCAUAUACUCGACUCAGGAGUUCCUAUCCUAAGUCAAAAUCAAUGAUGAAGCGGCAGAAUGCAGCUGGCACAAGGAAUGCUUAUGCAGAUUCUCGUGUUGAGGAUAGGAUACGCUCUAUCAGUCCUGAUAAGGUUUAUCCUCAGACAAACCCUUCUCAAGGAAACAUUGUCUCAAGAAUUUCAGAUCAUAAGCAAAAAUAUGAAGGAAAAAUAAUGAAAGUGUUUGAAUUGAAAAAGGCAAGCAGCAUUAAGACAGCAGACCAGUCACCUCCUUUUAAUAUGGCAGAUGCUAGGAAGGAAUAUGAAACAACAGUUGAGAAUUCAAGCUCUGGGCUCCACCGAAUGCGGAGCCUCCGUUACAAGAGUAUCGUCAAAGAAUCCAGUUGAGACGAUCUUAAGAAAACCCAGAUUAUGAGGAAGGAAUCUGAUAACAGUGGCAAAACCACUACUAGUGAGGGGUCUAACACUUAUUAUUCAAACUACAAUGUGACCACUGGGAGUGAGUAUUAUCAGAGAAGAAAACAGCCAAGGCAAGCCAAGAAGUACCUGGAUUUGCCAAAGGAGAACCCAACUCAUCAGGAGAGAGACCCUGAAAGCGAGGAUGAAGCUGAUAUUAUUGCUAAUGAGGAGAUUAAGGAGCAUGCUUCCCAGGAAUCUCCCUUUAGGCAGCAGGUUCACGAGACAAAAUCCAAGUUGAAUUUAAAGAAUAUUAAGUUUGAAGAAGAGUUCCUAGCUGAAGCUAAAACACCAGAUAUGGCCAUAAUGGGAAAGGAGAAAUCAGGUAAAUCCGAGUUCCAGGAAUUGGUUACUGCAGGCACAAGAAGCGACUCAAAGCAAGCAACUGGGCAUAUAAGCCAUCACUAUCUUCAGCCUGAAAUACAAGUAUCUCACUUAAAUUCCAUAAUCCCCAACCUUCCCUCUUGUACUGGCUCUAUACGAUCAUUUCCAAAGGAGUCAACCAAAUUCACUUCAUCAGGCACAAAAUCUGAAUUUUCAAAAACUGAUUCAGUGAUAGAACGCAAAAGUCUUCUUCAAAAGAACAAUCCAAGACAUAGCUUACAGCCUACUACUGAGGAAGUAGUUGAUUCCAGGCAGCUGAACUAUGGCUUUGCGAAGCCAAGCCCAGCAGAGAUGUCCACUAAGCCUUUAGCUCUCAGAAAAAGGAGCCGAAAGCCUUAUGAUCUUUAUAGCCAAGGUCUUUAUGAAGACACUUGUCAAUCUGAAGAUUACCCCAAAGACGGUCAAUGGAUGUUCUCGACUGGGAAUCGGAACCCCAGAACUUUCCAACAGGAGGGGUACCAACGCACUACUAGGAGAGAUCUAGGGUACAACAAUGAGGGGUAUAGGUAUGAUGAAGGAUAUGAUGCACUUGGAGAGAUCAGUCGUGUCCGAAGCCAGAGAUAUUAUGAAAGAGAUAAUGAUGCAAAGAGGCACAAGGACUAUAUCAGCCCAAACCCAAGAUUGAUCCCUGACUUUAGUGAAGCGAAGCCUAAUUCACCGAGAGAUUAUUACAACCUCAACAUUCCUGCAAGAGUCAGGGAUUACCCAGAAUACGAGAAGCCGCCAGCCGUUGGCCAAUAUGAGCGGAAGAACACUUAUGAAAGAGAGAGGGAUUAUAGGAAUAUAUACUGGAGGAAAUAAAAGCUCCCAUCAUGAUUCUUAAUAUCU